AUGACCAAACUUCUAUGCUGCACGUUGAUGUUAUUGGAUCUCUCAGUCAAGUGGACAAUCCAGGAAACUCUUCCCCCAAAGUAUCUCCAUUAUGAUCCUAUCACCUCCCGCCAGCUGAUGUGUGACCAAUGUCCUCCAGGAACCUAUGUCAAACAGCAUUGUACAGCCACAGCGAAGACGGAAUGUGCUCUUUGUCCAGAUCAAACUUAUACAGAUGAAUGGAACGAUAAUGAAGAAUGUCACUACUGCAAUGUGGUAUGCAAGGAACUGCAAUACGAAAAGAUGACAUGCACCAGCACCAGAAACCGUGUCUGUGAGUGUGUAGAAGGACGGUACCUCAACAUUGAAUUCUGUUCGAAGCACACAGCAUGUCCUCCUGGAUUUGGCGUUGUUCAGAAAGGUACCCCUGAAAGCGACACCGUUUGCGCGAGAUGUCCAGAAGGAUAUUUCUCUAGUGAUAGAUCAUCCAAAGCUGCUUGUCAAAUGCACACUAACUGCAGCGCCCUGAGUCUCAAAUUGGUCCAGAAAGGGGACUCCACACAUGACAAUGUGUGCCAGGGAGAAGACAGUGACAGAUUGGAUCAGUCAUGUGGAAUCGAUGUCACCUUGUGUGAAGAAGCGUUCUUCAGGUUCAUCGUGCCCAAAAAGCUAUCUUCCACCUGGCUGAGCACCCUCAUGGACAGCCUGCCUGGGGUGAAGAUCAAUCUUGAAAACAGAGAAAUAAUUAAACAGAAGAGCAGCCUGCAAGAUCAGACCUUCCAGCUGCUGAAGCUGUGGAAAGAGCAAAAUAAGGACCAUCGUACAGUCAAGAAUAUUGUCCAAGGUAUCGAUCUUUGUGAAAAUAGUGUUUUAAAGCACAUUGGCCAUCUCAACAUCACCCUUGAGCAACUCAAUACCCUGAUGGAAAAUUUGCCAGGGAAAAAUGUCGGCAGAGAAGAAAUUGAACAGAUUUUUGGGAUGUGCCAAUCCACAGAGCCAAUUCUGAAGCUCUUGAAUUUGUGGAGGAUAAAAAAUAAAGACCAAGACACCAUCAAGAGUUUGAUGUUUGGACUGAAGCAUCUGAAAUCAUACCACUUCCCCAAAACAACAAUUCAAGGUUUUCGGAAGGUGGUGAAAUUCCUCCACAGCCCCACGAUGCAUAGAUUAUACCAGAAGCUUUUCUUAGAAAUGCCAGGAAACCAGAUCCAUUUGGUAAAAAUGAGACAUGGGUAG